GAGACGGCUGAGAGCUCGCAAGCCGCUUUAGGAGUGGCCGAGGAUCCGAGCGGUCGCCGCUGCCUGCAGACUUGCUCCUGGAGUUUGACCCACCGCUCUCUAGAUCGGCAUCCCCGGCGCCGCCGAGAUGCUGUCCUGCCGCCUUCAGUGCGCGCUGGCUGCGCUCUCCAUCGUCCUGGCCCUGGGCGGUGUCGCCGCCGCGCCCUCGGACCCCAGACUCCGUCAGUUUCUGCAGAAGUCCCUGGCCGCUGCCGCAGGGAAGCAGGAACUGGCCAAGUACUUCCUGGCAGAGCUGCUGUCUGAACCCAACCAGACGGAGAACGAUGCCCUGGAACCUGAAGAUUUGUCCCCCGCCGCUGAGCAGGAUGAAAUGAGGCUGGAGCUGCAGAGAUCUGCUAACUCGAACCCAGCGAUGGCCCCUCGAGAACGCAAAGCUGGCUGCAAGAAUUUCUUCUGGAAGACUUUCACGUCCUGUUAGCUUUAUUAAUUACUGUUGUCCAUAUCAGACCUCUGAUCCCUGCCCGCCACACCCCAUCUCUAUUCCCUAAUCCCCGAAAUCCUCAGCAAAAUCCUUGCAUUAAAAAUUGAAGACUGUAAAUAUAAAAUAAAAUUAUGGUGAAAUUAUG